CAAAGCCUCGCGCGCUCCAGAACGAGCGGCGGAGGAGCGCAGACCGAGCGCUGAGGAGCCGCGGAGCACACGGAGAGAGAUGAGUCCCGCAGACCCGACACGGCGGAGCCGCGCCUGAGCUCAAACUGGAGCGCGCAGCUCUUUUUCUCUCUUUUCACCUUCCCGCUUUUUCUCGCAGCGCUUCUUCUUUUCCCCUUCAUGUCUAAAUCCAGCAGCGGCUCCGAGAGCACCGGCUGAGGCGCGUCCUCGCUCCGUUGUCGCCGCUGUUUUUAUUUCGUAUCUUCGGUUUCUUUUCUGAAGUCCCUGCUCUUCACGUGCCGCCUCGCGAUGCUGUGGAACGCGCGUCUCGCGCUGCUGCUCUAUUGCUGUGGCUGCAGCUGGGCGCGCGAGCAGCAACCCGAGUCCAGCGAAGAGCCGGCGCGCGCAGACACGCACCGGGCCCCCGCCGCCGAAGCGCUGGAGUUCGGCUACGUCCCGUCCGUGGUGUACGAGACACACGCGUACUACGAGCCGGGCGCCAUCGGCCUCCUCUUCCACAUGGUGCACGCGUUCCUCUACGCCGUGCAGCCCAACCCCUUCCCCAAAGACCUCAUUGUAAAACUUUUACAGCAAAACAUGGGAGGAAUCAAACCAGAGGAGCUUCAGAAGCCUGAGAACGUUGUCCUAACGCUACAGGCUAUUUACUAUGAGAUAGGCUUCAUCGUGCUGACGGUGUUGGGGGUUUUGUUUGUGAUGCUUAUGCCACUGGUGGGCUUUUUUUUCUGCCUGUGCCGCUGCUGUGAGAACUGUGGAGGAGAAAUGCAUCAGAGACACCGCAAGAACGCCGACUGCCAGCGGGGCUUUUACACAGCCAGCCUCAUUGCUUCAUCUGUCUUCAUCACAGUGGGUGUUCUAGUUGCCUACACAGCGAACCAUAAUAUCACCACCCGGAUCAAAAGCACAAGAAGACUUGUCAGCACCAACAUAAGAGACUUGAAAUCAUUCGCCAAUUAUACACCAGCGCAAAUAGAUUACCUGACUGCACAAUACACAACAGCCAAGAAUAAAGUACUCUCAGAUUUAGACAACAUUGGGCCUUUAUUGGGUGGACGAAUUCAAAACCAGCUGGAGAAAGAAGUGGUGCCUGCUUUAGACAACGCCCUGCGCAUGACGGGAGUCAAAGUGGAAAGUGCAAUUAAAGCAAUGCGGGAGACUAAGGAGGCUUUAGAAAGUGUGAGUACAUCUUUGGAGACCCUGCAAGAUGGGACAGGGAAGCUACAGAGGUCCCUGCAGUCCGAGCGUGCUUCACUGUCAAACACUCUCAAUGAUCCAGCCUGCAGCAACGGAGAUGUCUCACACACGUGCAACAACAUUAGGGGCACGCUCAGCCAGCUUGCUAUCAGUGCCAACUUUAAUGGGCUCCCUGAUGUAAGCCCCCAGUUGACAAAUCUAGAAACCGUGAUGAGGACUGAUCUCAGCAACAUCGUACAGAUGGGUUACUCUGCUUUUAAUGACACUCCUAGGAUGGUGAGCGAACAGACAAGAGGCGUUGUGUCAACCCUGCCAAGGGUGAAAGCUUUAUUGGAUAAGUCAGGUGCGGAGAUUGUUGGCUUCACUAAGAUGUUCCCAGUGGAACCAGCACUACAGAACUUCACCAAGUUCCUCACAGAAGGACAGAAGAACAUUGAAGCGUACUAUCCUCAGAUAGACCAGUUUGAUUUCUACAGAUGGAUCGCUUGUGUCAUAGUGUGCUGUAUUGUGGUGCUGAUCCUGGCCUUCAACUUCCUGGGAUUGAUGAGCGGAUCAUGUGGCUAUGAUAAGAACACCACCCCCACUACACGAGGCUGUCUGUCAAACACUGGCGGCAAUCUCCUCAUGGCAGGUGUCGGGUUCAGCUUCAUCUUCUCCUGGAUUUUGAUGGGAGUUGUAGUCACUACGUUUGUUGCUGGAGGCAAUAUGGAGAAGCUUGUGUGUGAGCCUCUGGCCAACAGACAGCUGUUUAAGGUGAUAGACACACCAUACUUGGUCCAUCCGGGUAAAAAGAACUUUCUCCCUGGAUUGCUGUUUCAAGACCCCCACCUUGAACUUACCAUUGGCAGCCUGUACAGUGAUUGUUAUGAGAAUAGCGGCAUAUAUGCAGCAUUACAACUGGAGAACAAAUUCAACUUCAUUAAGUUUAUCAAUGCAACAGUGUAUAAUCAGGAGCUGGCUAAUAUAUUUGAAGGAGUGAAAGUGGACCUGCAAGGAAUAAUACUACUAGAGCAAGAGGGCAAAGACAACCUCAUUAACUUUGCUAAUACAGGCCUUGGAGAAAUCAACUACCAGGCUUAUCUUUCAGAGGUAAAUAAAGGAGUGACUGUUGUGGAUCUUCUGUCUUUUGCAAAUGAACUAGAGGCCCAGGCAGACCAUCUGCCCCGUGGAGCUCUGGGGAAUGCACUGAAGGGUCACGCUAGCAGCAUCAGGCAGAUCCAUAAAGAACAAGUGUUGCCCAUGGAGCAAGCUAUGAAAUUUGUGAGAGCAAGGAGUUCUCUCAGUCAGAGUAUCACGUUACUUCAGACCACUUCCAGAGAGCUUCCUACUAAAGUGACCAACGUGCUGAGUGCCAUUGACGCAGCUGAGUAUCUCAUUGCCAACAAUGCCUCACAUGUUGUCAAACAGGAGACAGAAAAAUACGUCAAGAACCUAGUGGGAUACUUCAAACAGUACACUAACUGGGUCCAGAAUUCGUUAACAUUGGAGGUGGCUCAGUGUAAACCCAUCAGCAACAUCAUAGACUCUCUGGAGAUUGUUGGCUGCAGUUUUAUAAUAGACUCAGUGAACACAUUCUGGUUCGGUCUAGGUGGCUGCUGUUUGUUCCUUAUCCCCAGUAUCAUCAUGUCGGUCAAACUUGCCAAAUUCUACCGCAGAAUGGACACUGAGGAUGUAUUCGAUGAGUUUGCCAUGCCUUUUUCCAUGGGCAGUAUGGACAUCAGUGGUAUCAGUGGUUAUCAAAAUGAUCACAUUUAUGGCAUAAGUAACCCAGUGAUGGCCAGCUAUCCCUCAUAUGACACAAUGACACGGUAUCCUAGGGCCUCUGCCCCACCAAGGCAGCUUGACUGGUGACAAAUGCAAGCACAUUCACACUUUCACACACAUGGGACAUGCAGCCCAGAUCAGCAUAAACAGUGGUACGGAAAACUGGAGCUAGACAAGUCACCAAGGGAGUCAUCUAGGACUAAUUUCAUACCAGAGGAAGAAAAAAGGGAAUAUAUCCAGAUAAGCCAGGGCCUCCAGUUGCUUCCGUAAGACAAAUUUUAUACAACAUACUGAACUUGUGAACUGUGUAAAAACUGACUGUAAUAUGUCAUAUAUCAUAUGUAACUUUAAAUCAGUGAAAGGUAGCCAUAGUCCAUUCUUAAAAAUAAAGAUUCCUAAAUGAUUCUUGGCUUGCAUGUACGAUUCUAGGAAACAUUUUAGUUGGCAUAUAAUGUUUACAUCAUGUGGAGGUGUAACUAAUGUAUGAAAUCUUUUAAUGUAUUAAACCCUUAAAGGGGUACUUCACAUUCAAAUGUAUCAUUAAUAAAGCUUCAAAGAACCAUUCUUUGAAAGGUCCCCCCGACCAAGAAAUUUUUAUGGAUUAAGAUUUGAAAUUGAUCUAGGGGGGGCACUGAGGACUAAUUUGAGAACCACUGAUUUAGGGAACCAAAAUGGUUCUCCUAUAGCGUAGCGCCAAAGAAUCCUUUCUGGCACCUUUAUUUUUAGGAGUGUUGUUUUGAUCAUUUGACACACCACUGACCAGUGGAAGGUAUGUUUACUAUAAAGAGCUAUAGCUAUUGAAUGUUUGUUUCUACUCAUCCGUAUCACAAAUGUUUUUAAGGCUUUUGUAUUUUUUGUUAAUAUCAAUUUUAUAAACCAUAUCCUUUAGUAAGCGUUAUUCAAAAAAGGGUAGAGUUGUGAGAAUUUUUACAAGGAGCUGAGUUGAUGUUGCUCUUUCAUGCGAUUAGCCUCCUCUUUACCCAGUCUUUAUUUAAGAAACAGCAGCUAAUAUAUAGCAAAACUGCUCUCAAAUCAAAGUACAAGGGAAACUUGCCAACACCCUAUGAGCACAUCUGUGGAAAGACAAGGGAAAAUAAAUGCAUAAUAGCAAAAGUAAGAAGGUAUGUUUCUCAUAAAAACAGUGUUCAGUGUUUGCAAGACUAAACAGUUUUAAGGUUGAGGUAGAGCCUAUUAAAUAUAUACAACUGGCAAAAAUUUAUAAUCAUCAAAUUGUUUCAGACUAGAUCAGAUGAUUGACAUGCUUUUUUUUUAUAAACAACCAUAUUGCCCAGUGAAUAAUGAACAGAAUAACUUUCUUAGAAUUUGCAGUUCUAUUAACGUUUUUAGAAAUAGGGGAGAAAUGUUGUUAAAAGUGAAAAUGAUGUAUUUGAAUUUUUACAGUUUUCAUCAUGAAUUGGUUUCUAGUACAUAAAUCAAUUAUAAUGCAAACAGCCCAGAAACACACAGAUCAUUUGAAUGAUUAUAAUUCUAAUGUAUUUUAUAUGAGGUUUUAUUUGUGAUCCAGUCAUUAUGUCACUGAUGUAAUUCCUACUUGAAGUUAUAUUGUCUUAUUUUCCAGUGUCUUACUGUAUUUGCUUAUUUAUUUAUUUUUUGAGUCCCUGUUUCUAACAAAAAUCAGUACGGUGAGUACAGACAGCAUUUCCUGUUCAAUAGUGGGUUUUUUUUCUGAAUCUGAGUCUAUGAAUAAUUCCCCAAAAUUCUCAACUAGAAAGGAAUGAACCCUGCAGGGUAAUUCAUUAAAAUUCAUUAAAAAAGUCUCCAUCCACAUUUAUCCAAAUAUUUGUGAAAACAGUGUUUUCUCUAUGUUUUAGCCUCCUGUUCACACAGCAUCUUAGGUCAUUGAAAACACUGACAUCACUUCCGCCUAUGCACAAUGUACAUAAUUGUCGCUUUUUUGUUUUUAUCUAUUCAGUAUGCAGAACUCUGUCUCAAAUGUAUGGCUCUGCCAACUAGGUUGUUUCGGUGUGCUUUGCAGUUUGGGGCUGAUAACGCUCACAACUGGGUUAAGCUUUAUUUUUUAAUUAUGCUGUUGUGCAGAAGCAUCAGAACCUGUGCUCAUUAAAAGAUUAACGAGGGGUCACAACUCAAAAGCACACAUUAAAAAUGAUUAAAAUAAAGUACUAAAGUCAUAAUAAAAGUGUCUCAUUGAUUCUAAACUGUUGUGAUGUAGUGAUCAUUUUAAAAAAUCCUAAAUUAUAAACCAUAAAGCAAGUUUUCCAAAACAGAAAACAUUUCUCUGCCUGUUUGGGACUGUGUAGACGCUGUGGUAUAGCCAUGGCAGGAAAUAGUAGUUCAUCGCUUUUUAAGCUUUUGUUUUCUGGCAGUAAUUGGCCUUUAAAUCUAUUUGAGAUAUCGAAUAAGCAGGACAGUGUCAUGUCGAACAAGACUGUUACUGUAAAAUGCUGCCAUCACUUUUAGAAAAUCCCUGCCUUCAAUCAUUUUUAUAUUCUGUGUGAUCACCAAAACGCUGUUAGUGUGGAAAAAUAUACAGAUACUUGUGGAUGAGGCUGGCUGUCCUUUGUUAUUGAGAAUGUGCAAACACUUUCUAUGAAGAUCACGUUUUAAACAUUUAUGUUAUAUGAAUGUUAUAAUGCAUUCAUAAGGCUUUAUAAACGUGGUUAUAAAUAUUUAUAAAGAUGAAUUACACAUUUUACCCAUGUUUAUUAUAUAUUAUUAAUUGUUAACACAUAAUUCAUAAUGUAUAAGUAGUGUUCAUAACAUUUUAUAUUGUCAGUGCCAAAGAAGACAACAAUGUUUAUGGACGUCACAGGAUUUCUAAUAUUUUAUUUCUCAGUGCUGGUGCUGUUAGAGCUGCAUCUUCUAGGCUUAAGUCCUCUGUGUUCAGAUGCUCCAAACAGGUUGUGCAGCCUAGAAUUAUUGCUACCAUGCGCUUUUCUUAACCAGCACUCUCACUUUAAAUGUUACAUUACGUCACAGAAAACCAAGUACCCAUCAGCCCCUCCGCUGAACCCCUUCUGACAUCAUACUUAGCGUGAAAUUAUUGUGGAGUGAAGGGCUGGACAGGGAGAGGCGAGAUAGUAGAGUGCUGUCGUUGUAAUUUGGUUCUAAUGUCAAGCACUAGAACCCUUCACUCUGUAACAUCACUACUCUGCACUACAGUGAUGCUAAUUUCUGCUAGCGUUCUAUUGGAUAUGCAGUAUUAAGUUAGUGCCAAGCUAACGGUGGUGCACAUUGCCUGUGGUGUACAUCGACUUACUAUUGGGUAAAACACUGUUAGCAGCACUAGUUUAAAAUCUGACAUGUAGCCUCGCUUCACAUGAAGCCUGUAAUGUGCUGUACUUUGUACAUUGCAGUGCGGCAGUAAAUCCUUCAGUAAAUACUUCAAUUUGAAGCUUGACUCUUAAUACUGGAGGAGCCUUUAGUACAUUAUGCGUCACUUUACAGCAGACAAAUACAAUUUAUGAGCUCUUAUAAUUUGUAAUAAAUGCUACUUAUCGUUGUUAUCGGAGCAAAACUUCAUAUCUCCAUUUUUGACGUUUUUCAGUUCUUGAUAUAAUUUGAAAAUGCCUGUUGUUUUUUAUAUUGUAUGCAAAUUUGAUGAGCAAUGGACCAAAAGAAAUGAGCCAAAAUAACCUGGAAAAACAUCUGGUUCCAUUGACAUGCAUUAAAAGUAAAGUAGGUUUUUUUUCUUCUCCUGUAAAUACAACAUUUUGGAGAUGGAAGGUUUUGUUCCGACGCCAGCGUCAUAAUGCAUUGUGUUAACAAUUCAUAAUGCAUAAGAAGUAUAGCUAUAGUGUGUAUAGCAUUUUUAUCUAUAUUUAUAGCCAUGUUUGUGAUGCCUUAUGAAUGCAUUAUAAUGUAUUAUUGUGUUCAUAGGUUUAUAUAGAUAUAACAUUCAUAGAAAGUGUUACAAAGAAUGUUAACAUUUUGUGUGAAGAGUUUCUUUAGAGACAAUGUUAAAACACUCCAGGCAUCCAGCAGUGAAACUCAUAGGCUUGCUGAAAGUCCACCCAAAAUUAUUAGCCUCAACAUUAAGUGAAUGAAUCAAAUGGUAACUAAAAGGUCAUUUCUUCCUUGUUUAAAAUGUUCUCCCCUGCGCCACCGUGGUCUUGUUGUCACUUGUGUUGAAGCUGUAAGUGGCAAGAGUUGCAUGUAAGUUUCACAUGGUUCCAGUUGAAAAAUGCAAAAGUGGAAAUUGGAAAAUAAAUUUAUGCGUAAUAAGAA